UGUUGGCCUUUGGGGCCCUGGCAUUAGGUCUCCGCAUGGCCAUUAUUGAGACAAACUUGGAACAGCUCUGGGUAGAAGGUCCCAGUUACAUAGCAGGAGCCUGUGGCCAGCAUAACGCAGGACUGGAGGGGCGCUAAGAUCCAGGACACUAUGGCAGGCCUGGCGCCGGGAAUCCCUGUGGUCUGGAUAGUGAGGGCGGUGAAAAGGAUCUGGACACCUCCCUCCCCUUGGACCACUUUGAUUUCACCCCUGCCAGGGUUCGUGAGCUGAUUCCAUGCACUUCCUGCCUGAGCGGGAGCAGCACACUGAAUGACUGUCCCAUCCUCCCCCUCCCCCACACCAACACAGGGCCCAUUAUUAUCACCCAUUAUUAUCAGACACUCCUAUCCCUGCCCUCUCCCCAGGACACUUUGCAGAAAGGUGUGUAGAUAUAAAUCACUGCCCAGAGCAACCUGAACUAAGAACCAGCCCUAGCCCUACACCUGUUCUUUUAGGAAACCCUCCUAGCAGCAGCCUCCCUAUUGGCCCCUAUUGGCCCUCCUUGUCCUCCCCACCAGAACAGAGAGGGAUUGAGCGAGGGUUCCCUUACCAAGAUGGCCCUACAACCCCCACAGCCCACGGCCAGCUCAUGCCGAUUGUCAUUUUUAAGUUUACACCCAAAACUCAGCCAACCUGCUUCAUGCUUAAGCCCUAGACCACACAAGAAAUCCGGAGAGCCACACAGCCGAGGCUUCUCCACUUCCCUGGCAGAGUUCCAGGACCCAGAAGCCUGGGGAGUCGGCCUGGGCCAUGACCAGGCCCUCAGGGAUAAGGCAGGGGCUCCUCUCUGCCACACCUCUCCCACUUGUCUGGGGAGGCCUCAGAGUUAGAAGCCCCCUUCCCAAGUCUGACCCGCCUAGGCCCUUUCCCCCCAGCUUUCUCUGUUUGCUCUGGCAGUGGGCAGCCGGGUGAGCCAGGAGCUGCAUUACACCAAGGAGAAGCUGGGGGAGGAGGCUGCAUACACCUCUCAGAUGCUGAUACAGACCUCUCGCCAGGAGGGCGAGAACAUCCUCACGCCCGAAGCACUUGGCCUCCACCUCCAGGCAGCCCUCACUGCCAGUAAAGUCCAAGUAUCACUCUAUGGGAAGUCCUGGGAUUUGAACAAAAUCUGCUACAAGUCAGGAGUUCCCCUUAUUGAAAAUGGAAUGAUUGAGCGGAUGAUUGAGAAGCUGUUUCCGUGUGUGAUCCUCACCCCCCUUGACUGCUUCUGGGAGGGAGCCAAACUCCAAGGGGGCUCCGCCUAUCUGCCCGGCCGCCCAGAUAUCCAGUGGACCAACCUGGACCCAGAGCAGCUGCUGGAGGAGCUGGGUCCCUUUGCCUCCCUUGAGGGCUUCCGGGAGUUGCUAGACAAGGCACAGGUGGGCCAGGCCUACGUGGGGCGGCCUUGUCUGCACCCUGAUGACCUCCACUGCCCACCUAGUGCCCCCAACCAUCACAGCAGGCAGGCUCCCAAUGUGGCUCACGAGCUGAGCGGGGGCUGCCACGGCUUCUCCCACAAAUUCAUGCACUGGCAGGAGGAACUGCUGCUGGGAGGCAUGGCCAGAGACCCCCAAGGACAGCUGCUGAGGGCAGAGGCCCUGCAGAGCACCUUCUUGCUGAUGAGUCCCCGCCAGCUGUACGAGCAUUUCCGGGGUGACUAUCAGACGCAUGACAUUGGCUGGAGUGAGGAGCAGGCCAGCACAGUGCUACAAGCCUGGCAGCGGCACUUUGUGCAGCUGGCCCAGGAGGCCUUGCCUGAGAACGCUUCCCAGCAGAUCCACGCCUUCUCCUCCACCACCCUGGAUGACAUCCUGCAUGCGUUCUCUGAAGUCAGUGCUGCCCGUGUGGUGGGAGGCUAUCUGCUCAUGCUGGCCUAUGCCUGUGUGACCAUGCUGCGGUGGGACUGCACCCAGUCCCAGGGUGCCGUGGGCCUUGCCGGGGUACUGCUGGUGGCCCUGGCGGUGGCCUCAGGCCUUGGGCUCUGUGCCCUGUUCGGCAUCACCUUCAAUGCUGCCACUACCCAGGUGCUGCCCUUCUUGGCUCUGGGAAUCGGCGUAGAUGACGUAUUCCUGCUGGCGCACGCCUUCACAGAGGCUCUGCCUGGCACCCCUCUCCAGGAGCGCAUGGGCGAGUGUCUGCAGCGCAUGGGCACCAGUGUCGUACUCACAUCCAUCAACAACAUGGCCGCCUUCCUCAUGGCUGCCCUCGUUCCCAUCCCUGCGCUGCGAGCCUUCUCCCUACAGGCGGCCAUAGUGGUUGGCUGCACCUUUGUAGCCGUGAUGCUUGUCUUCCCAGCCAUCCUCAGCCUGGACCUACGGCGGCGCCACUGCCAGCGCCUUGAUGUGCUCUGCUGCUUCUCCAGUCCCUGCUCUGCUCGGGUGAUUCAGAUCCUGCCCCAGGAGCUGGGGGACGGGACGGUACCAGUGGGCAUUGCCCACCUCACUGCCACCGUUCAAGCCUUUACCCACUGUGAAGCCAGCAGCCAGCAUGUGGUCACCAUCCUGCCUCCCCAAGCCCACCUGGUGCCCCCACCUUCUGACCCACUGGGCUCUGAGCUCUUCAGCCCUGGAGGGUCCACACGGGACCUUCUAGGCCAGGAGGAGGAGACAAGGCAGAAGGCAGCCUGCAAGUCCCUGCCCUGUGCCCGCUGGAAUCUUGCCCAUUUCGCCCGCUAUCAGUUUGCUCCCUUGCUGCUCCAGUCACAUGCCAAGGCCAUCGUGCUGGUGCUCUUUGGCGCUUUUCUGGGCCUGAGCCUCUACGGAGCCACCUUGGUGCAAGACGGCCUGGCCCUGACGGAUGUGGUGCCUCGGGGCACCAAGGAGCAUGCCUUCCUGAGCGCCCAGCUCAGGUACUUCUCCCUGUACGAGGUGGCCCUGGUGACCCAGGGUGGCUUUGACUACACCCACUCCCAACGCGCCCUCUUUGAUCUGCACCAGCGCUUCAGUUCCCUCAAGGCGGUGCUGCCCCCACCGGCCACCCAGGCACCCCGCACCUGGCUGCACUAUUACCGCAACUGGCUACAAGGAAUCCAGGCUGCCUUUGACCGGGACUGGGCUUCUGGGCGCAUCACCCGCCACUCGUACCGCAAUGGCUCUGAGGAUGGGGCCCUGGCCUACAAGCUGCUCAUCCAGACCGGAGACGCCCAGGAGCCUCUGGAUUUCAGCCAGGUUGGGAGAGGGCGGGAGGGGUCCAGUAGCACAGGGGCUGCAGGCGUCCUGGGCCCAGGCCUUCAGCCCUCUCUGCCUCUGCAGCUGACCACAAGGAAGCUGGUGGACAGAGAGGGACUGAUUCCACCUGAGCUCUUCUACAUGGGGCUGACUGUGUGGGUGAGCAGUGACCCCCUGGGUCUGGCAGCCUCACAGGCCAACUUCUACCCCCCACCUCCUGAAUGGCUGCAUGACAAAUACGACACCACCGGGGAGAACCUUCGCAUCCCACCAGCUCAGCCCUUGGAGUUUGCCCAGUUCCCCUUCCUGCUGCGUGGCCUCCAGAAGACUGCAGACUUUGUGGAGGCCAUCGAGGGGGCCCGGGCAGCAUGCGCAGAGGCCGGCCAGGCUGGGGUGCACGCCUACCCCAGCGGCUCCCCCUUCCUCUUCUGGGAGCAGUAUCUGGGCCUGCGGCGCUGCUUCCUGCUGGCUGUCUGCAUUCUGCUGGUGUGCACUUUCCUCGUCUGUGCCCUGCUGCUCCUCAACCCCUGGACAGCUGGCCUCAUAGUGCUGGUCCUGGCGAUGAUGACAGUGGAACUCUUUGGUGUCAUGGGUUUCCUGGGCAUCAAGCUGAGCGCCAUCCCCGUGGUGAUCCUUGUGGCCUCUGUAGGCAUCGGCGUUGAGUUCACAGUCCACGUGGCUCUGGGCUUCCUGACCACCCAGGGCAGCCGGAACCUGCGAGCCGCCCGUGCCCUUGAGCACACAUUUGCCCCCGUGACCGAUGGGGCCAUCUCCACAUUGCUGGGUCUGCUCAUGCUUGCUGGUUCCCACUUUGACUUCAUUGUAAGGUACUUCUUUGCGGCGCUGACGGUGCUUACGCUCCUGGGCCUCCUCCAUGGACUCGUGCUGCUGCCUGUGCUGCUGUCCAUCCUGGGGCCACCACCAGAGGUGAUACAGAUGUACAAGGAAAGCCCAGAGGUCCUGAGUCCACCAGCUCCACAGGGAGGCGGGCUUAGGUGGGGGGCAUCCUCCUCCCUGCCCCAGAGCUUUGCCAGAGUGACUACCUCCAUGACCGUGGCCAUCCACCCACCCCCCCUGCCUGGUGCCUACAUCCAUCCAGCCUCUGAUGAGCCCCCUUGGUCCCCUGCUGCCACCAGCUCUGGCAACCUCAGUUCCAGGGGACCAGGUCCAGCCACUGGGUGAAAGAGCAGCUGAAGCACAGAGACCGUGUGUGGGCCACGUGGGGUCACUGGGAAGCACUGGGUCAGGUGUUAGACGCAGGAUGGACCCCUGGAGGGUCCUGCUGCUGCUGCACCCCCUCUCCUGACCCAGCUGUCAUGGGCCUCCCUGAUAUCCAUACAGAACAGCCACGGAUUUGCACACCCAGGCCUGUGUGAGCCUAUGUCUGUGUUACUUGAGAGUGAAAGCCGGCACUUGGGGCUGCCGUGCAGCCCUGUCCCCCUUCCCACCCCACACCGCUGCCCGCCCAGCUGACCAAGCCUGAGGGACCCUCCAGCACCCUUCCUCACUCCUGGCGCCCCCGCCUGGUGACUCCUGGGCAGGCUCUCCCUAUCCCUGCCCACCUCCUACCACAUCCAUUAUUUAUAUGAAAAUGUCUAUUUUUGUAGUAUACAUAGAUGUUAGCUAUGAUGAAAGUUUUAUUUUUUAAAGAAUGAAAUAUAUUCUAUGUGAACUAAUCUCAGAUGACUUCAGUGCUUUUUUUUUGGACAGAGUGGGGAGUUUGCAAGUGAACAUUAGCUAUUGGAAGGAGCUUCUCUGGUGCCAGGACCUGAGGUAUUAGCUUCUCUAGUUCUGGGUGGAAAAGACCCCAGAUUCUGGAUUUUUGUCAUAUCCUUGGUAACAUCAUCUGGAUUAAGUGCUUACUAUACAAAACGAUAACAAAUUUUGUUGGUGUGAAAUCCUACUGGGUUCAAUCUGGAGACCGGGAGCAGAAAAAAAAGAACCCCACUGUGUGGCUUUCGCAGCCACCACAUUCCAGCCCCCCUGUCUCUCCAGACUCACCUCCACCUACCUGCCUCACCCACACGGGAAACGGCAAGGCGGAGGGGCAAAGCCAUGCAGCAGGUGGAAUGUGAGGUGGAGGCAGAUCAGGAAAGUGGCCAGUUGAAGCAGAGAGAGGUCAACAGGGUCUGGGGAGCUUCUCAGGAGGUUUGUGGACCCAGGGAAAGGAGCCAGGUCCCAGAGCAACCUCCAAGGCAAAGGCCUCUGCAAGUUGGUGGUUGGCCUGACAGCCGAGAGGCGUCUUUGGCCAGUCAGCCAGUGGAUCAGUUGCGGGAACUGCUCAGAAACUGAGGUGCUAGCAGUUAGUGAGGACACAAUUUAAGCUGUUUGUUCUGUGAAAGUUGAACAGCUCCACUGAGCAGAGGCCUUGAAGAGUGGCCACAGCCCUGGAAUAGAGCACAGAGCCUCACCGAGAGGUGUGGGGAGGUUUGCAACUGCCCUUUCCCAGCCAUAGCUUAGGACCCAUAGUCUAGUUCACAUAGACCCUGGGCUCCAACCACCCACUCACCAGGAAUGAUCCCACCCAGGAACAAUGGCUUCUCACAUCCCACCCCACCUGGACAUAGGCCAGGAAAUCAUGUUUUGACCAAAAGAUACAAAAACAAAAUCAACCACGACAAAAAAACGCCUAUUGCAAUUGAAUCCACACUAAAAUGGCUAAAAAGCUCAAGAGAAGCAGGUAGUUGGCAGAGAACCUAGAGUAGGGGGUGCAACCAACAGGCCCAAGGGAGGGAGGCUGGAUUUGGGUCCAGCAGUGUUUGGGUCACCAAGGAGGGCAUUCUAGGUGGAGCAGAGAGAGCUCACCAGGCUAGAAUGGUGCAAAGGGGGUCAGCCCUCAGUGCCACUUACCAGUGGAGUAACCCUGGGCAAGUUAGCCAGCCUCACUAAGCCUCCUCAUCAUCUUUCCAGGCCCGAGGAGAUCUAGCCUCUGCCUCCCACCCCAACACCCGCUCAUCAGACACACGGAGCGCCACUGUCUGGACAGGCUGAAUUGGUCUUCGGGUCCAUAAUUUCUCAUAUGCCAUUCCCUCUGCCUAGAACACUUUCUCACCUCCCCUUGACGUGACCCCGUAUCACCCUUCGAGGUGAACUGGAUCGGAUGCCAUCUCCUCCAGGAGGGGUGGGGUCGUGCCUCCUGUGAGGUCCCAGUGCCCCUGAGUGUCUGUGCCCGUCUGUUUCCUCGUCCCUCUCCCUAAGACCGGAGGUUUACUGCGGGUAAAGACGGCGGGACAGGACCUUAACCCCUGGGACGAACACCAGCUCCGCAAAGGACUCGGCACCCGGCGCCGCCCACGGGGUGUGGGUCCCAGGAGGACCAGCAGAGAGGAGCAUAGGAGAGCAAAGGAGAUCAGUGACCCAACCCAGCCCGGGUGGCGCGGAACAGCCCUGAGCCGCCUGUGAUUUGCAUAUCCAUGGUGCACCACGAAAAGAUACCCUCACGAUGCUUUCAUUCCCUCCAUGCGGGCAUUUCUGCACUGUUUUAGAGCAUGAUGCCUCUUACACGCAUCUGUGUGCAUAAACUACAUAUAGGGAGUGCGCACCACGCAGGUACCCAACAACCAUAAGUGUGUUAAGUGUUAGCUCUCUCUGCGAGAUUCGAAGCGGAAGUUAUUGCUAUACUUUGGUUUCUCUUCAAAACGCAUAAAUCUUUCGCCUUUUACUAAAGAUUUCCGUGGAGAGGAAACGAUUAUAAGUCUUUAUCUAAUUUUUUGGUUAAGCCUCGCGUUUACGCGAGGCCACGUUUUGAAUGUUGAAAGUUAGACAAAUA